UGAACAGUGAACAUUCAUUCUAGUUAACUUCCUCAUAUGCUCGAUCAUUCUAAGAGAGACGCGCAGGGGAGCGGACACACACGCGCGCGCACACACACACACACACGCACACACACACACACACGCACAGCGUGUGUGUCUGUGACUGCUGAUCAAACCGGAACCCGCCCCCUCACACACACUUUUUCCACAAACAGUGGAAACCUGACGACAGACUGAGAGCGGAUUCCCCCAUCGAGGCAAAAGAGCAGGACAACCCCCCUCCGCCCUGGAACAUCCACCCACACACACACACUCUUACACAGAGCAGGAGACACGGAGGGCUCAUUCACACUCACACACAUACCUGAGGACACAUGCAGACGCACACAGACAUGGAGCGUGAGCAGAACAAGGUGAAGCGUUUCCUGAAGCUGGGUUACUCUCGCUCAGACAUCCUGCGAGUCCUGCAAACGAUGGAGCACGACGCGCAGACAAACGACAUCCUCCAGGAGCUGAUCAAGACGUGUCGUACUAAUGCAAACAGAGCACCGGGGGCGCCGGAGAGCAGUCCUCAGCUCGUCCCGCGAGGAUGUGGCUCCUUGACGCAGCACAAACAUGUCGACAUCUCACACGCCGACUCCCACAGCUCCAACCCCUUCAGGCCCGUGGUCAUAGACGGCAGCAACGUAGCUAUAAGCCACGGGAAUAAGAAGGUGUUUUCCUGCCGGGGGAUCCAGCUGGCUGUGCAGUGGUUUUGGGACAGAGGGAUUCGUGACAUCACCGUCUUCGUUCCUCUGUGGAGGAAAGAACAGUCGAGACCUGAGGCUCCCAUCACAGACCAGCAGAUACUGGACGAGCUGGAGCGCAAGAAGAUCCUGGUGUACACGCCGUCACGCUGCGUCAACGGCAAGCGUGUGGUGUGUUACGACGACCGCUACAUCGUUAAGCUGGCCUGCAAUUCGGACGGCAUCAUCGUGUCCAACGAUAACUACCGGGACCUGCAGCUGGAGAACCAGAAGUGGAAGAAGUUCAUCGAGGAGAGGCUUCUCAUGUACACAUUCGCCAAUGAUAUAUUCAUGCCACCUGAUGAUCCUCUCGGGAGAAAUGGGCCGACGAUCGAGAACUUCCUGAGAAAGAAGCCGUUGACAUCUGAGACCCUGCUCCAACACUGUCCUUACGGUAAGAAGUGCACGUACGGUGUGAAAUGUAAAUUCUAUCACCCUGAACGCUCCAACCAACCACAGCUUUCUGUGGCUGACGAGCUGAGAGCAAAGAGUCAGCCGUCCAGCAUAAACGAAGAGUUUCUACACCCCACAAACGGACUGGACGACUACCGGACUGCGGCCUUGCUUCCUCCGUUACACCACAAUGAGCUUACUCGUGCUCUUUCCGGUCUCGAUCUCUAUUCUUCUCCACGUGAAAUACAAAGUCCCAGCUACCUGCAGAGGUCCCUUCCUGCUUUGUGCAAGAGCAUUAAAAGUGACCAGGCCUACGGCUCGCUGGAGGGCUCCAUGUCCCGCCUUUAUCUCAGUGACUCCGCCCUACAGACCUCACUAUCCUACAGCAGCGGGUGUGUGACCGGAAGCAGCAGCGAUUACUUCCUGUCUGGCGAUUCCAGCCAGCAGCACAGGCGAGCGCGGAGUCCUGACGUGCCCUCGCGCUGCUACAGCCCUGACCACCACAUAUUCUCGGGCUGCCAACACGCACACUCCGAUAUGGGCCUUGGCUACGCUCACACGCUUUAUCCUAACCACGGAUAUCAACACCGCACAUACAAAAACAGUAACGCACCUUUCUGCAACGAGGCUCUACCUUAUCCUCAGUCCACACCCAAUCAGCUCAGAGUGCCGGAGGUGAACUGGGGUCAGAGCCGAGCCAAGGUCACGGACGGGAACCUGACGGACAGGAGGAGGGACGUGAGGUCUCAGCUCAGCACCAUUUUCCCUCAGAACAUUGUGGACCAGGUUAUGAGUUUAUAUCCACACAUACUGGAUACGACAGAGCUGGUCAUGCUGAUCCAGAAAUACAAGAACAGCACCUUGCUUUAAACUGAUCAUUAAACCACAGACGUUUAGCUCAGCCAACCGCAGACUCGUUCUGGUUUGUCUCGUGCAUCAACAAUUAAUUCGGUUGUUUCAUUAGACUGUAUUUUUAUUUAGCCAGAGGCUCCUCUACAGAAAGGAAAUCAGCAGACAUCUGAGCGCAACUCAUUACAUAAGAGGGGGUUUGAUCCAUUGUCCAAUUUCUCAAGUCUUGUAGGUAGCAAGGACGCAGCGUCACAUCCUGAAUAGAUCUUAAUCCACCACUUAGACCUUUUAUUUGGCUUAAGAUAUUUCAACCAAAAUGUCUCCCUCAACCUCAAACCCACAUCCAGUGCGUCGGCAUUAUCUCAUGCGCUCACUCACAGGACACCGAGGGACUUUCUGUGAUCUAUAAAUACAAGCAUAACUUCCUUAACUUCGCCGGACGUUAAGCAGGUGGCCAUUUUGGACCAGUGAAAGCUCUGUUAUUAGUCCUGCAGUGUCAUACGUUUCACCCCCUCGAGCUGCAGUGCUCAUGAUUCUAAACUUCGGAUGGAUCUAAAUCAGAAAUAUGAAUUGUAGCUUGUAUUUUAUUUUAUUUUAUUUACAAAACAAUGUUACCUGUUUGUUACUUUACAAUGUCCACUUUUCUGGCUUCAAGCUUCAGGAUCCUGAUGGCUGAACGCGUGUCAUACAUCUUUCUGUUUUGAUGAAGCUGAGCAAUAUUAGGAUGAAGCAGUGCUGCGUUGAUGUUUUUUUAUAUUCUUUAUAUAAGCACCUGCUCCUUAUAGCAAAGGCAUAGAAAUCUAUUACAUCGGUACGACAACGUGUGUGUGUGUGAGAGAGAAUCUCUUGAUACUGUAAAAAGACAUAUGAAUGUAUUUAAAGGGCUUAAAAGCCAUCAGCUGUAAUGACUAUGAUGUAACAGUUGCUUGUUGAAUGUGAACACGAAGGCUGACCUGCUCUGAGAGUCGACGUUGUCUCACUCUCUCGAGGGAAAAGAAGCAAAAAAAAAAUAAGAUCGUCGAGUCUAGGCUGACCGAGACGAUCUUUUUGUCUCCCAAAUUUUGCCACCUCGAACGGAGGAGCGUGAGACUACCGUCUGAAAUAGCUGUGAUGUAGCUAAGAUUAUCAAAAAUCCUUCAUGCUGUUUAUAUCUUUGCGACAUGCUUUAAAUUUGUUACAAACUAAUAAUUAAAAAUAAGUUAUGAACUUA